UUAAAUAAGAAGAAGCAUCGGUUUUAUAGACAAGAGUAAAAUUACAUUAUCGCAGAACCGGAAAAUUUAUUUAUUUUCAUUUUCGCAGUUUCCCUAAAAAAAAUAUUUUACAAUUGCAAUGUCACUGUUUCGCAAACCGAAAAAGAUUCAGAGAAGGGUAUUUUCAUGUGCUUUGGACGAUGAAGAGGACAACAACAGCGGCAGUAGUGCAAGAGAUAAUGGCAGCAGUGCUAGUGGUGGUGGUGGUAGUGGAUAUUCAAGAAAGAAAAGCGAUGCUGGAGAUGAUAUGGAACAAGAUGAUCAGCUUAUUGCCCCACCACCACCACAAAUAUCAAAAAAGAAAAAUAAAUCCAAAUCUUCUAGUAGUAAAAGUGGCAGUGCAGUAGGAACAGACACUGGCAAAACAAAGGCCCUAUUGAGUUUUGCAGACGAAGAGGAUGAUGGCGAAGUGUUUCAAGUGCGUAAAUCAUCACAUAGCAAAAAAGUCAUGCGUAUGAUGGACAAAGAAAGACGACGCAAAAAGAAGGAGGAACGUAGCUCCGAAGCAACUGCAGGAGGUGGAAGUUAUGGUGCUAGUAGUCGUCCAUCACAAUAUUCAAAUGAUAACAGUCAGAGUCAACAGCAGCAUUCGCAUAGUAGUACGAAUCGUGAAAACGGUUCGCGUCUUAAUAAUGAUUCUCAUAAUUUAGGUUCAUCAUCCAUGGCAACGGCGACCACGUCCACAAGUUCCUCGGAACACAUUAAGAAAAGUAAUAAAAGUGAUAGUAUCCAAACAGAAAUACGCACAGACGACUUUGUGCUGGUGGUCAAAAAAUCAGAACCCGAUAUCAUACUCAAUGGUAGGGCGGCUUUUUGUGCUGGUCGCGAUGAUAUGUCCGAUGAAGAUGGCGACAAUGAUGAUCAUAGUGACAAUGAGCGAAAUGGUAAUGACAGCAAACACCGUUUUGCCAAGCCAGAUCAUUUGAAGCAAAUGUUGGAAAGUGGUUCCAUACCCGAUGCCGCAAUGAUUCACGCUGCCCGCAAACGAAGACAAAAGGCACGAGAGCAAGGUAAGUGGAAAUUGUUUACAGGGAGAAGGGAAUGUUGUCAUUUAAUACCUUUCUUAGGCGAUUUCAUACACAUUGAGGAGCCCAAGGUGGAGACCAAAAAAGGCAGCCGUUUGGCGCGAGAGGAUAUGGAAGGCGAUAACUCGGAUGAUGAAGAGCGUAUGGAUAUGAAUGCCAUAACAGGAAUUAAGGAACGCGAAGAAAGACGUGAAAAAUUCUACGCGGUGGAAAAAGAUUGUUCUGAAGAGGACUCAGAUUGUGAAACAAAUGAAUGGGAAAAUCAACAAAUACGCAAAGGUGUUACCGGUGCCCAAUUGGUUAAUGCUCAGCAUGAAUCGGUUUUAUCAAGAUUUAUGAUUAAAUCUGCUGCCGAUAGGGCCAUAGAGGCAGCUCCAGAAACAAAAUCCACUUCUUCAUUGCUAGAGGAAGCCUAUUCUAAAUGUACUUUGGAGAAACCCCAUCAACUGCUAAAUGCGUCAAAACCCAAAAAGGAGAAAAUAAAGCCAACCGUUCUAAGGUCACCCCAGGAAAUACGCGAAGCCAUCAAUGAGAGGCUUAACAAACUAAAGAAACUCAACGAUAGGCAUUUGAGUGAUAUCGAGAGAGUGCAAAGAGAAAUGAAAGCCAUGCAAUUGGAAGAAAUGGAUUCCAAACAAAAGGCACCCACAGCGGCCGCCAAAUAUCGUUUCUAUCAGGAAAUCAAAUGUUAUGUUAGUGACUUGGUCGAUUGUCUUAAUGAAAAGAUAUCUUUCAUAAAUGAUUUGGAAAAGCGUUGCCUGGUCUAUUUUGGAAAACAUCAACACUUUUUAAUAGAUCGCCGUAGGCAAGAUGUGCGAGAUCAGGCAAGAGAAAUGGCCGAAGCUUCAAAACCUACAUCCAUACGAAAAGGUCCCGAAUAUGAUGAACAAAUUCGUCGUGCAGCUGAACGUGAAGGUCGCCGUACCCGCCGACGUUGUGAACGUGAAAAACAAAACAUGCUAAGCACCCAUUUGGAUGGCAUGUCCUCAGAUGAGGAAACUUCGGAUCGUUAUCAGGAACAAUUUCAAAAUGAUUUGGAGGAACUUAUAAAAGAAGGCCUGGAAGUAAUGGAUGAUGUUACAGAUGACUUUUGCAAGCCCGACAUAAUUUUAUCCAAAUUUCAUAUUUGGCGACAAACUGAUAUGAACUCUUACAAAGAUGCCUUUGUUAGUUUGUGUUUGCCCAAGAUUCUGGGACCUUUAAUACGUCUUGAAAUGCUUACAUGGUCUCCUUUGUUGGCUGACUAUAAAGAUAUAGAGAAACUAAAUUGGUAUCAGGCAGCAAUUUUAUAUGCCUGGACGGAAGAGGAAACUGAGGAAUCAUUAAGGCAAGACCCGGAUGUAAAUUUGGUGCCAACCUUAAUAGAGAAGAUUAUUUUACCCAAAAUUACAGAUAUUGUUACCCAUUGCUGGGAUCCUUUGUCCACCUCACAGACAUUGCGUCUUAUUGGUUUCAUUAAUCGCAUGGGCCGUGAUUAUCCUUUAAAGGAAAAUGCCAAAACUCUACAGCAGCUAUUCAAAGCUAUACUGGAGAAAAUGAAGACCUCGCUGGAGAAUGAUGUUUUCAUACCAAUUUUUCCUAAACAAGUUUCCGAAAACAAAACCUCCUUCUUCCAAAGGCAAUUUUGCAGUGGCUUGAAAUUAUUUCGAAACUUUUUAUCCUGGCAGGGUAUUAUAGCUGAUGCACCUUUAAGAGAAAUGGCUAUAGGAUCUUUAUUAAAUCGUUAUCUACUUUUAGCUAUGAGAGUAUGUACUGCCACCGAUGCUAUAAGCAAAGCUUAUACCAUUGUCAAUACAUUACCCACAGCCUGGUUGCAACCCGAGUCGGAAUGCUUGAAAAAUUUACAACUCUUCAUAUUGUAUAUAAAACAAACAAUGGAGUCAUGUGAUGCUACUAAUCCCGUAUUUAUGCAAACUAGUGAUAAGGCAAAGCAAAUCUUACAAAGACUACAUAGCAGUUAAAUAUUUCCAAUGCAUACACCCCCUCUUUUUCACCUCCCCCGCAUAUUAUAACUUCAAACCAAGCAAAUACAACAUAUUGUUGUUGCAUUAACAAACACUUUGAGGAAGACAAAUUUCACAAAACAAUUUAAACUACUACGCCUACUUAUAUACAUAGAUAUUGUUUUAGACAUUUUUGUAUAUAUUCUAAAAGAAUAGAUUUUCAAUACAAUUAAUUAUCUCGUUUUAAACCAUA